CGCGCGGGCCGGGCAGGUGUCGGGAUCCCGCACCCGGGUUCCUUGCGGAUCCGCGCGUCCCGCUGCCACUGUCGGGGCCAGACCGGGAGCGGGAGCGGGGCCGGAGCAGGCACCGGCCGGCGGGAUGGGGGUUUCCGGGGCGGCGGGCGUGGGGCGCUGAGCGGCGGCCCCGGCACACCCGGGCGAGAUGCGCCGCUCCAGCACGGACGAGUCCACGUACCGGCGCAGCCCCUCUCCGGAGGGCAAGGAGCCGGGCUUCGCGCGCGGCGGCCCCUUCCGGCGCUACAGCAGCCUGUACGGGCGCGCGGGAGGCGGGGACGCCGGGGGCGCGUUCUUCGGCCUGCACGCGAAUCCCGGCCCCAAGGCGGCCCAGGCGCGCUACACGUCGCCCAAGGGCAACAAGUACGUGGUCUUCUACCUGGACCUCUCCUUCAUCUUCCUCCUAGAGCUGAAGCGCUGCGGCAUGGCGCGCGCCUGCCUCCAGGCCGUCAAGUACCUCAUGUUCGCCUUCAACCUGCUCUUCUGGCUGGGGGGCUGUGGCGUGCUGGGCGUCGGCAUCUGGCUGGCUGCCACCCAGGGGAGCUUCGCCACGCUGUCCUCCUCCUUCCCGUCCCUGUCGGCUGCCAACCUGCUCAUCAUCACCGGUGCCUUUGUCAUGGCCAUCGGCUUCGUGGGCUGCCUGGGCGCCAUCAAGGAGAACAAGUGCCUCCUGCUCGCUUUCUUCCUGCUGCUGCUGCUGGUGUUCCUGCUGGAGGCCACCAUUGCCAUCCUCUUCUUCGCCUACACGGACAAGAUUGACAGGUACGCCCAGCAAGACCUGAAGAAAGGCUUGCACCUGUACGGCACGCAGGGCAACGUGGGCCUCACCAACGCCUGGAGCAUCAUCCAGACUGACUUCCGCUGCUGUGGUGUCUCCAACUACACUGACUGGUUUGAGGUGUACAACGCCACGCGGGUGCCCGACUCCUGCUGCCUGGAGUUCAGCGAGAGCUGCGGGCUGCACGCACCUGGCACCUGGUGGAAGGCGCCGUGCUACGAGACGGUGAAGAUGUGGCUCCAGGAGAACCUGCUGGCUGUGGGCGUCUUUGGGCUGUGCACGGCACUGGUGCAGAUCCUAGGCCUGACCUUCGCCAUGACCAUGUACUGCCAGGUGGUCAAGGCAGACACCUACUGCGCAUAGGCUGCCCGCUUCUCUGCCAAAAGGACGCCCACAGGGAGACGGCCGUGCCCACAGCUGCCUUUCCCACCACCAGCCUCGGUGCUCUGCCCCAUGCUGGGAGAGGGAGGGAGGGACAGGUGCCCGGAGCCCCCGGAACCGUGUUUCUGGAAGCCCUGGCUGAGGUGGCUUCCGGGCCUCCAAACCCCCCGGGCGGGGUGGCCAUGUGCUGGUGUGGGACCCAGGGCAGGGGGGGAGGGUCUCCAGCACUUUUUAUAUUUACAUAUUCUCCAAAGCAGUGUCCACACGGGGGCCAACCUGUGGCCCCCAGCCUCCCGGGAAACGGGUUGGGGCUGCAGGAACAGGGGCUUGGCAUCCUGGAAGUGGCCCCACUGGUCCUGGUGCUCCAGGCAGGGCCAUGGACCCCUUACCUACAUUCCACAGUGGGCCCGUGGGGCUCCUGGUGCAUCCUAAUAAAGUGUGAGCCGCA